UUACAGGUUGAGUUGCCAGGAUGCAAAGGAAUUUGGACGGUGUAUCACAAGAGCGCCCGAGGUCAUGCAGUUGACGCUCUUAAAUCAUCAAAAGAGGAUGAUGAAUUUCAUGCAUAUUUGAUUAUAAGUCUGGAGAGUCGCACCAUGGUUCUUGAGACAGCUGAUGAUCUAGGAGAAGUUACAGAAAAGGUAGACUAUUACGUUCAGGGGACUACAGUAGCUGCAGGCAACUUAUUUGGAAGGCGUCGAGUUGUUCAAGUUUUUGCAAGAGGUGCUCGAAUUCUUGAUGGUUCUUACAUGACCCAGGAGUUGUCCUUUGGUGGGCCUAAUUCUGAUCAUAGUUCCACUCCGGAAUCUUCAACAGUUUCUUCUGCUUCAAUUGCAGAUCCAUAUGUAUUGCUUAAGAUGGUUGAUGGGAGUAUCCAGCUUCUAAUUGGAGAUCUUUCGACUUGCACUGCAUCUAUCUAUGUGCCAUCCAUACCAGCUAACUCAACUGAUUCAGUUUCCGCUUGCACGCUUUAUACUGACGAUGGACCAGAGCCAUGGCUUCGCAAAGCGAGUACUGAUGCAUGGCUUUCCAGUGGAAUUGCUGAGACAAUUGAUGGGCAUGAUGGAUCAAACCAUGAACAAGGGGACAUAUAUUGUUUGGUUUGUUAUGAAAGUGGCACCCUUGAAAUAUAUGAUGUGCCCAAUUUCAAAUGUGUUUUUUCUGUUGAUAAGUUUGUUUCCGGUAAGUCACAUCUUGUUGACAGAUCAGUUAGAGAACCUUCCAAACCAUACCAGAAAAUGAGGAGUAAAAUUAGUAAUGAGGCUAGCGACUUGGGAAGGAAGGAACCUCUUGAAAACAUGAAGGUUGUUGAGUUGGUCAUGCAAAAGUGGUCCGGUCAAUAUUGUCGACCAUUUCUUUUUGCUGUUUUAAAUGAUGGGACAAUGCUUUGCUAUCACGCAUACUUAUAUGAGGGUCUUGAAAGUUCUUCUAAAUUUGAGGAAGUAAUGUCAUCAAAUAAUUCUACUGAUCCUUCUAGCAUAAGCACAUCAAGCUUCAGGAACUUGAGAUUUAUCCGUGUGCCAACUGAUUUCACUGCACGAGAAGAACCUUCAAAUGUGGUUAUGCAACCUAAAAUCACAAUUUUUAAGAACAUUGCUGGUUAUCAAGGGUUAUUCCUUUCUGGGUCAAGGCCAGCUUGGUUUAUGGUUUGCAGGGAACGCCUUAGGUUUCACCCUCAGCUUUGUGAUGGCUCUAUAGCUGCGUUUACUGUUCUUCACAACGUUAAUUGCAAUCAUGGGUUCAUAUAUGUGACUUUACAGGGCUUCCUAAAGAUUUGCCAGUUGCCAUCUGCAUUCAAUUAUGAUAACUAUUGGCCAGUUCGCAAGAUUCCCUUAAAGGGCACACCUCAUCAGAUCACCUACUGGGCUGAGAAGAAUCUCUAUCCAGUUAUAUUAUCUUUUCCUGUUGCUCGGCCAAUAAACCAAAUAUUGUCAUCUAUGUUAGAUCAAGAUAUUGGUCAAAUGGAACGUGAAAAUACAAGUUCUGAUGACCUCCAAAAAACUUACACUCUUGACGAUUUUGAAGUUCGCCUUUUGGAACCGGAGAAAUCUGGUGGGAAUUGGGAAACAAGAGCUAGUAUUCCAAUGCAACCUUGCGAAAAUGCACUCACUGUGCGGAUGGUAACCUUAUUUAAUUCAGCAACCAAGGAAAAUGAAGCUAUUAUGGCUAUUGGAACGGCUUAUGUACAAGGGGAAGAUGUUUCUGCUCGAGGGCGUAUUCUUCUAUUUGCUAUCGGCAAGAAUGGUGAAAACUCUCAAAAUUUGGUAACAGAAGUUUACUCCAAAGAGCUGAAGGGAGCUAUCUCCGCUUUAGCAUCUCUUCAGGGUCACUUGCUAAUAGCAUCUGGCCCCAAAAUCACCUUGCACAAGUGGACAGGCUCUGAGCUCAACGGUGUUGCAUUCUACGACACUCCUCUCUAUGUUGUCAGCUUGAACACUGUAAAAAACUUUAUCCUCUUGGGUGACAUUCAUAAGAGCAUAUUCUUCCUCAAUUGGAAAGAGCAAGGUGCUCAACUGAGUCUUUUGGCUAAGGACUUUGGUUCUCUCGAUUGUUAUGCAACAGAAUUUUUGAUUGAUGGAAGUACUCUGAGUCUUGUAGUUUCAGAUGAUCAAAAGAAUAUUCAGAUUUUCUAUUAUGCGCCAAAAAUGGUGGAGAGUUGGAAAGGGCUGAAACUUCUAUCAAGAGCAGAAUUUCAUGCCGGAGCCCACGUGACAAAGUUCUUGAGAUUGCAGAUGUUGCCUACGUCUGAUCGCACAAGUGCAACACUUGGAUCUGAUAAAACCAACAGAUUUGCUCUACUGUUUAGCACACUUGAUGGGAGUAUUGGUUGUGUUGCCCCGCUGGAUGAGCUUACCUUCCGCAGACUUCAAACCCUUCAGAGGAAAUUGGUAGAUUCUGUUCCUCAUGUAUGUGGCUUGAACCCUAGAUCAUUUAGACAGUUCCGAUCAAAUGGGAAGGCACAUCACCCAGGUCCUGAUAAUAUAGUGGAUUUUGAGCUGCUUUCCCAGUACGAAAUGUUACCGUUGGAGGAACAGUUGGAGGUUGCUAAUCAAAUUGGAACCACGCGAGCUCAAAUACUCACCAACUUGAACGAUUACUGUGUUAGUACAAGCUUCCUGUGAAGAUUGGAUUAUAGUAUGCGCGAGAGUUGGCGGCAUCUCUUCCAGUUAUUUAAAAGUAUGAUGUACCGCCUGAAGUGUUAAUUUCCGCCGGCACAUUAAGCACCAAUUUUCGUUGAAGGAUUACGCUGUGCAAUCUUUGAAUGUGAUCCAUGAGCUUUGUAAGUCAAAUGUAUUAAAUUAUUUUUUAAGUAGGAAGCCCUGGCUGGCUGUUUUUUCUCAAGCCAUUUUUAAGGCUUUUAAGUGUUAUAUUUCAUCUUUUUCUUUUACGAUAUUAUAUAUCAAGCAGGGGAUGUUUUGAAAUAUUUUGCGCUCAUGGUUAAGUUAUG